CUCUGCCCGGAGCCAAAUGUGGAUCAAAACAGCGCGCAGCUUCCCACUGCUGGUGAAAACCCGAGCAAGGGGCCUCAGUUUCUUUAUCCGGAACAUGGUGACAAUGACAUCUCUUUGCAAGGCUGCUGCAGGGCUUUCUGGAAAUAUGCCCGUGAGGUAUCUGGGCCUGCGCACAGCCUCCGCCGCCCAGGGCCCAGACGUCUACCUGGGGGCCGUGGCCGGAGGUCCCGUCUGCGCUCCCAGGAUGGAAAACGCCCAGGGGAAACUUAGGCAAGCGAGCGGACAGGCACCUCCCGCGGGAAGAACUCACUCGGUGGCCUCCUACUUCCCCGGCCGUGUUCCAACGCCUGAGAACAACGGGAACUCAUUCGCGGUCAUACUCACCGACAGCGGCAGCGGCGGCCUCUCUCAAUUGGGCAAAGCACUCCAGACCUUUUGGAAGAGUGACACCAAAGGCAAGCACCUGCUUGGCAGGCCUCUCAGCUUCUAUGCAAGUAUAACCACUCACAAACUGUUGAUUACAAAUGAGUACCAGACCUAGCUCCUUCAGGUAAAGGAUCCUGAGAACUGAAGGCAAACAGAGCUCCAGGAGUCCAAGACAGAGCCACAGACCACGAGGAUCCCUGGCCCAGGUCUUGGACUUCAUUCCAUUUUCUGUUGAGUAAUAAACUCAACGUUGAAAAUGUCCUUUGUCGGGGAGAACUCAGGAGUGAAAAUGGGCUCUGAAGACUGGGAAAAAGAUGAACCCCAGUGCUGCUUAGAAGACCCGGCUGGAAGCCCCCUGGAACCAGGCCCAAGCCUCCCCACCAUGAAUUUUGUUCACACAAGUCCAAAGGUGAAGAACUUAAACCCGAAGAAAUUCAGCAUUCAUGACCAGGAUCACAAAGUACUGGUCCUGGACUCUGGGAAUCUCAUAGCGGUUCCAGAUAAAAACUACAUACGCCCAGAGAUCUUCUUUGCAUUAGCCUCAUCCUUGAGCUCAGCCUCUGCGGAGAAAGGAAGUCCGAUUCUCCUGGGGGUCUCUAAAGGGGAGUUUUGUCUCUACUGUGACAAGGAUAAAGGACAAAGUCAUCCAUCCCUUCAGUUGAAGAAGGAGAAACUGAUGAAGCUGGCUGCCCAAAAGGAAUCAGCACGCCGGCCCUUCAUCUUUUAUAGGGCUCAGGUGGGCUCCCGGAACAUGCUGGAGUUGGCGGCUCACCCCGGAUGGUUCAUCUGCACCUCCUGCAAUUGUAAUGAGCCUGUUGGAGUGACAGAUAAAUUUGAGAACAGGAAACACAUUGAAUUUUCAUUUCAACCAGUUUGCAAAGCUGAAAUGAGCCCCCGUGAGGUCAGCGAUUAGGAAACUGCCCCAUUGAAUGCCUUCCUCGCUAAUUUGAACUAAUUGUAUAAAAACACCAA